CGCUGUGGUCUUUUCCCCAAUGACCUCUUAUUAGUCUACUUUUCUAUGGUGCGCUCUAUCUUAGAAUAUGCCUGUCCUGUCUGGCACACCAUGUUACCGAAGUGUCUGGGGGAUAAAAUUGAAAAAGUUCUAAAAAGAGCUUUCCGUAUUAUUUAUCCGACAACAGAUUACGAAGAUGCUCUCAACAUCACUAAAUGCAAGCGUCUUGACGACAGACGUCAAGAGCUAUGUGCUAAAAUUUUCAAAAAGAUCUUAAAACCCGAUGCUCACCUCAAUCACCUCUUACCCCCACUCCGUGAAGAAUCGCAUGAACUGGACUUAAGAAACAAUUCUAACUUCACAUUAACUAAAUGCAGAACGGAACGUUUUAAAACUAGUUUUAUACCAGCAAUGACUGCUAAUUUUCAUAGUAAAAAAAUUGUAGUAUUUUAA